UUCCCUUUUGCUAGUGGAGCAGGGUGAUGCAGGAGCGGCAGCAUCAGCUGCUGCGACACAUCCUGGCAUAACUAACACACACACGGAAAAGGCAGGACGAGAGAAGGAGGAGGAAAAUAUAGGGAGGCAGGGAGGGAGGAGAAGGAGCCGAGGAGGAAGAAGAGGACAUAACUCUGUCAAAGGACACUGGGGGACAGGAGUCCAAGAGCAGGACGAGGAAGAGGAGACAGACGUGAGACGUGCUGCAGCCAUGUCAGACACACGUUUGCAAAGGAACGGCACGAUGAAACCCCAGAUGUCGUGUGAGGAGGCACAGCUCCACAAAGAGAGGCUGCAGGCCUUGGCGGAGAAGCGAAAAAGACAAGCUGAAAUCGAAGACAAAAGAAGUCAGCUUGAUGACCUGGUGCUACAGCUUCAACAUGUUAAGUCCAAAGCCAUGCGCGAGCGAUGGCUCCUCCAGGGAAUGGGAGCAGAGGAAGAAGCUGCUCGGCGGAAACAGCUGGAACACGAUGAAGAACAUGGGAAAAAGCUUGAAGACAUGAUACACAGGUUGGAGUCUGAAAUCGGAGCACUUGAAAGUGAAGAGUCACAAAUUUCAGCCAAAGAGCAAGUUCUUCGUGAGCGUCUGAGAGAGACUGAGUGCUCCAUUGAAGAUCUGCAGAAGAGUCUGAUGGCCCAGGAUGAAGAUGUUACGGGCCGAAUGUCCACCACUCUCUCGGACUGCAUGGACCCAGAUCCCAACCACCUGGACCCGGCCGCCCAACUCAGAAGUGGCCCAGCAGUCUCUGGAGAGCACUCCAUGUCAAGACCUGCAAUGUUCGCCAUGGAGAUCAAUGUGCAGCAAGACCCACAGACUGGAGAACAACGCAUCCUGUCAGCCAAUCGCGUGAGCCCACUGAGUGCAGCAUCAAGGGGGGUCAAAGUCUACGAUGACGGAAGGAAAGUGGUCUACGAGGUUACUUCCUCUGGAGGUGUCUCCACCACCGCCGUGGAGAAUGGCUGGAGCUCUGCACAGGUCGACCAACUGGUCCAACGGGCUGCCAGGCCAGUGCUACAAGGAGAGGAUGUGGGGAGGGGUCAUGUGACAGUGACCCCAGCCACACUCCAAGCUUAUGAUUCUCCUGCAGAUGUUGAUGAUCUGUCCCCACCCUCCUGCGCCCCGCCAUCCAUCCCCUCUAGUCCACCAGCAAGGGUCACCCUCCAGAGGGAGACCCGCCUGGGCAUGCUGCCCCCCUCCUCUGCUCCCAUCACAUCCCAGCCAUGCUCCUCGGCCCAUCUAAACAAUGAGCUCACUUCCCCCCACCAAGCCAGCAUGGAUCACCCAGUCACUAUGGUGUUCCUUGGCUACCAGGACGUUGAGGACACAAGCGAGAGCAGGCGGCUCCUCGGCUUUGAUGGUGCCGUAAAGGCUGAGGUUGUGCUCAUCGAUGAAGACGAUGAGAAAUCUCUGAGGGAGAAGACAGUGACCGACAUCUCCAUCAUUGACGGCACCGCAGCCGACCUCGUGUCAGGACGACCGGCCACCUCGGAAGCCGUCAGCACAGAACUGUCAUCGGAUGGCCGCGAGCCCGACAGUGCAUCCUCGCCCCCAGCAAACGCAGAUGCAAACAUGGCCCCGCCGCCCGGCCUCACCCCCGCCACAGGCUUAAGCCAAAUCCCUGGGGUAACCAUGACAACCAUGGACAUCAGUGAGAGUCCAUUUCCAAGCAGACAGCCCCACACAGGCAUGACACCGUGGCGGGUGGUUGAGGAUGUCAGUGACAAAGCACCAAGAGAGAGAACCCUGAAGAGCGUCAGUUUCCAGGAAUCAGUCAGCUUUAUCUCCGACGGGCCCGCAAUCAUGGAGCAGGAGAGCCAGCAGAUCCAACAUGGCUGCCACAGCAGCAAAACAGCACAGACUCCUGACAGUGAGGUGGUGCAGGAGAUCUGCUACCUGGACCAGGUGUUGGAUGCAGCCUCAGCCAAUGGAAACCCUUCCCCAACAGAGCACAUAAAACCAAUCGGCGUCAAUGGAGCUGCUCCUUCUGUCUGCGUGUCGGCUUGUUUUCCGACCAAUCACCAAUCGGUCGUUGUCGAAGGACAAAGGCAGAGCACGUUCAUUCACCAGGGGGAGUCUGCUGUGAGGACAAACGGGCAUGUGCAGGAUGACGAGCCAGGGCGCAACGCCGCAAAGUUUGAGCUGAGAGCUUUUCACGAGGAAAAGCGUCCAGCCAAACUGUUCACCCCCGGAGAGGAGCAGCAGGUCAGGGUGACGAGGAGACGACCCUCCGAGGAGGUUCAGGAGUUGGAACGGGAGCGCCAGGAGCUGAUCAAAGACCAGGCAGUGAAGAAGAACCCUGGGAUCGCACAACGCUGGUGGAACCCUCCACAGGAGGUCCCUUUGGAGGAUCAGCUGGAUGGAGAGAAGCUCGAGUCUCUUAAAAAAUACCAGGAGAGGAAGCAGAAGAAACAAAUCCAUCCUUAUCCGUUCACACAGCACCAGAUGUCAGAGGCGCCCACA